UGGUUGAAGUCGAAGAGUGACGUUAGUCAUCCGAUAUCAUGUAUUCGCAUAUUAUUUAUCAAAAUAUCUUAGUGAUUUAUCGUUUUAUCAGGUAAUAACAAAAAUGACAAAUUAUUACCCAACACGGCAAAAAUUGUCACUUUCACGUAACGUACUUUAAGUAAGGUUACAAAUAAUUAUGUUCGUGUUGAAAAGUGAAUCAAAGAAUUAUACAAAGUUUGUUUAUUAUUGCGAGUUAUGACGAUAAAUAAAAGUGAAAAUGGCUAGUGUAAGUGAGAGUAAUGUUAAGGACAAAAGUGUGGAGGAUACAAGUAAACAGAAAAAAGAGGUAGCCAUAAAUCUGCAAAAGAUUUGUUUAGUGUGCGGUGACAAAGCCUUGAGUUACAACUUCAACGCAAUAUCAUGCGAGAGUUGUAAGGCGUUUUUUCGUCGAAACGCUUUAACCAACAAAGAACUUAAAUGUCCUUUUUCUAAUAACUGUGAGAUAACCGUGGUGACGAGAAGAUUCUGUCAGAAGUGUCGCUUAGAGAAAUGUUUAUCCGUAGGCAUGGUGAAGGAAUUCAUCAUGUCCGAUGAAGACAAAGCGGAGAAGAGGCGGAAAAUAGAAGAGAACAGAGCAAAGAAGCGCCAGUUACAAGAUUCUGAUGAUUCCGUAUCUAGUUCUAAGACCGUUAGACGAGAUGAUGAUCUACCGAACACAUACACACCGUCUUUGCAAGAACCUAGUGGACUACAGUACGACGUCCUCAACAGUACUACAUGCAGCCCGCACAGCACAGCACAGUCACCAUUAAAUAACGAUAUAGACAACUCUAUUAGCUCUCCCCCCAUGUAUAACCAGUACGCUCCAGUACAAAGUACAGAACAGCCAUAUACAAUGAAGGUCUAUCCCAUAGACGAGAAGACGGUUAUCACUCAAGAGCUGUACGAGCAGCGAUACGUGGAUCAGUACAAUAUAUGUGACAGUAUGGACAGCACGUAUGAUUCGCCCAAACAGAACAGCAUAAGAUCAAUAUUAACUAACGGUGAGAACGUAGCGCCCGUGUACGACGGAGAGUCCAAAGACCACCAUGUGUGUGAAGAAAUGCCAUCGACGAGCAGUAACCCUGAUGUCAACAAAGCUAGGGAUAUCCUGCAGGACGUUGAGAGGAUAGAGCCAAAUUCGAUGGAGUCGAUACUAUGCGAAGCGAUUAAACUGGAGUUCGAAGCGUACACCUCAAUUGGCAGCUGUAGCGGAUCAUCUCGGGAACUUAAUGAGGUUGAAAGAGCGAAACUAAAUGAACUCAUUGUGGCUAACAAGGCAUUGAACGCUCCCAUCGAUGAUGACAUCUCACAGCUCAUCGGAGAUACAAGUAGCGUCGGGCUUAAGGACGACGGUAACAAACACGACCCGCGGUUGAUAACUUUAGUGAACCUGACCGCGGUCGCGAUACGUAGGCUGAUUAAGAUAUCGAAGAAGAUCAACGCCUUCAAGAAUAUGUGUGAAGAGGACCAGGUGGCGCUGUUAAAGGGCGGCUGUAUAGAAAUGAUGAUCCUUCGGAGCACGAUGACGUACGAUGGACAAAGAAAUCAAUGGAAGCUGCCGCACAACCACGAGCAGUUCGGCAGCAUCCGCACGGACGUUCUGAAGCUGGCGCCGCGCGACAUCUACCGCUCGCACGAGGCCUUCAUCCGGUCCUUCGCGCCGCGCUGGCGCACGGACGAGAACAUCAUCCUCAUCAUGUCCGCCAUCGUGCUGUUCUCGCCCGACCGGCCGCGCGUCGUGCACCGCGACGUCAUCAAGCUGGAGCAGAACUCAUACUACUACCUUUUAAGAAGAUAUUUAGAAAGCGUAUACCCGGGCUGCGAAGCGAAAUCAACAUUUUUAAAGCUUAUCCAGAAGAUUCUAGAGCUAAGGAAGUUUGCUGAGGAGGUAACGGGAGUUUACCUCGACGUCCAUCCCAUUGAACCGCUGCUAAUGGAAAUAUUCGACUUGAAAAACCAUGGAGCAUGACCUUUACGGUAAUGUUGAAAUUUUCUAUGAUUCAAAUUUACCUCACGGUACAUUGUGAUCCAAUAAAUGAGUAUUUAUCAA